AUGGCAAGAUUUUCUAUUUCUCGAUAUUCAACUUAUCUCAUAUUCUUCCUAAUUUCCAUCUAUUUUUUAAUAUUUGCAACUAGAAACGAAAAUCCGAAUCAAAAUCGAAAAAGGGAUGGAAAAUAUGAAAACAAUAUUCAAAUAUCAAAAGUUUUUCCACAAAAUGGAAAUGAAGAAACAUUAGAAAAUGUUCCUUGGAAAAUUGAAAAUGUGAAAGUUGAGAAGUUAGUGGAUUUGGAGAUUUCGAGAAAUAAAACAUAUUUGAUAUCUGAUUUUGAAUAUAGCAAUGGUGAGUUAUUACAGAAAAAUAUUCGGGGGAUAAUCUUAACCGGACAAGUUUUUUAAAAAUAAAAUUAUGGUUUUUUUCAAAUUCGAUAAUUACAAAAACCAAUUUUUUUAGAUCAAGGGAGCACUGAAAUCAUAAAGAAAAAUUAGUUAUUUCCUGAAAUUUUCUGAACAAUUUUUUCAUCCAUAAUUUUUGAUGUACCACUUUUAAUAAUUUGGCUCAUGAACUCAGAAUGUUUCGUUAUAAACCCAAAAAAUGAAAUUCAAAAAUAAAUUUUGAACUUUUUUUCAAUUUUUUUGUUCUUGUUCAGUUUUUCUGAAAAAUCAGUCCAAUUUAAAAAUCGUCAUAAAUCAUGUUUUUGCAGGUUUGGGUAAUUUAUUAUUCCAAGUGGCAUCUCUAAUUUCAAUAGCUUCAUCAUAUAAUUCAAUUCUUCUUCUUCCAAAUACAACUUCACUUCGUCGCGCAUUUUCUCUCAAUUCUCCAAAUAUUCAAUUCAUUUCACCAAACACUUAUCAAAUUCUCGAUUCUCAAAUAAUGCGUUCAUCUUCUUCGAAAACUCUAAAAUCGUGUUGUAAAUAUGAAGAAUUCACAUUAUCAAAAAACAAUAAAUUCGAAAAAAUCAAUGGAUUUUUCCAAAAUUUCCGAUAUUUUCACAAAAAUCGAGAGGAACUUUUGUCAAUAUUUGAUUUUAUUGAACCAGUUCAACAAAAAGUCGAAGAAUUUAUGGAAAGUGUUGGAAUAUCUUUGAGUAUUAAAAAAGCGAAAUUAUUCGAAACUAAUGUUGCAAAUGAUGAUCAAGCAUUUGAAGCUGACCCCGAAAAUAGUAUGUGAGAAAAAAUCAGAGGUUUUUACAAUAUUUUUGUUUCAGCUAUAAGUACAACAAUGAUUGUUGGAGUUCAUAUUCGACAUGGAAUUGAUAUAACAAUGAAUUCAAGAAAUAGAAAACAUGGACAUAUUGAAGCACCAAUUGAAUAUUAUAUUAGAUCAAUGGAACAAAUUGCAAAUGUUUAUGAAGAUGUUUGUUUUGUUUUCAAAAUGAUAUUCAGUCCAAUAUUGUUAUUUUUAAUUCAGGUUGCUUUCAUAAUUUGUUCAGAUGAUAUGAGUUGGGUUCGCAGGCGACUAAAAUUGAAAGAUUCAAAAAUCCCUUUAUAUUAUUGUCCUGGUCCACGAGAAGUUGAUAUGGCAAUUUUAGCGCAAUGUGAUAGUAUUAUUAUUUCAACUGGUACUUUUGGAUGGUGGGCUGCUUAUUUGAAUAAAAAUAAUUCACCCGAUGUAAGUAUUUGUUUUCUUUUUUUCAAAAUAUGUUUCAUGCUUAUUUUAGAUAUAUUAUUAUAAACAUUGGCCGGCUGAAGGUUCAAUGAUGUCAAAAAUGUUGAAUAAAACUGAAUAUUUUUUAGAAAACUGGGUUAGUUUAGAAUAA